UCAAGUAUCAAAAUUGGUAUAAGCCUCACUCCGUCUCGUAAAGCAGUUGAAGCAAGUGAAGUUAAAAGAAAAAAUUCUCUCUAACUGCUUGAAGAUAAGUCUUACUUCUUUCCGUAAAGCAGUUGAAGCAAGUGAAGUUUUUACAGAUCCAGUUAUGAAUGCCAAGCACUGCCUUUUGAAUCAAGAAAUAUUCUCCAAACCACCCUUUCCAGGAUUUGUUUCCUCAUCUUUUUGACUCACAUAGCCGCAUCUCUGUAUUCUACCUUCCUCUGCAGGAAUUUGAGAUGAAUUAGGGAAUUGUUUGGGUUUGAGUUGGCCUGACAACUUAGCUUGAGAAUUGAGAUACAAGAGCCAAUGGAUGAAAGGCCAUUCCUUGCUUGGUCAGUUUCAGUUGAUGAGUGUCUGAAAGAGUACCAAGUGAAGCUUAACAAGGGUCUAAGCACAUAUGAGGUUGAGAAGCGGCGAGAGAGAUACGGUUGGAAUGAGCUACAGAAAGAGAAGGGGAAGUCCUUGUGGGGACUAUUUUUGGAGCAGUUUGAUGAUAUGCUUGUCAAGAUCCUUCUUGUUGCAGCCUUCAUCUCAUUUAUUCUUGCUUAUUUGCAUGGAAAUGAAACUGGGGACUCUGGAUUUGAAGUCUAUGUAGAGCCAUUUGUGAUUUUCUUGAUUCUAGUUCUAAAUGCCAUUGUAGGAGUUUGGCAAGAGAGCAAUGCUGAAAAGGCGCUUGAAGCUCUGAAGGAGAUGCAAUGUGAGUCUGCAAAGACAUUCAGGGAUGGAUAUUCAGUACCAGAUUUGCCAGCAAGGGAGCUCGUCCCCGGGGAUAUUGUGGAGUUACGAGUUGGUGAUAAAGUACCUGCUGACAUGAGGGUUGCGGUUUUGAAAACCUUGACCCUAAGAGUGGAACAGAGCUCUUUGACAGGGGAGGCAAUGCCAGUUGUAAAAGGCACCGAGCCUAUCUUGAUGAGUGAUUGUGAAUUGCAGGCGAAAGAAAACAUGGUUUUUGCAGGAACAACUGUUGUGAACGGUAGCUGCAUUUGUAUCGUUAUUAGCACUGGGAUGUGCACUGAAAUUGGUAAGAUACAAAAGCAAAUACACGAGGCAUCGAUGGAAGAAAGCGAUACACCUUUGAAGAAGAAGCUUGAUGAGUUUGGUAAUAGGCUUACGACUGUCAUUGGCAUUGUUUGCCUUGUCGUGUGGAUUAUCAACUACAAAUAUUUCCUCACUUGGGAGGUAGUGAAUGGAUGGCCAACAAAUUUUCGUUUUUCCUUUGAAAAGUGCACGUAUUAUUUUAAGAUUGCUGUUGCCCUUGCUGUUGCUGCAAUUCCUGAGGGUCUCCCAGCUGUAAUCACAACUUGCUUAGCUCUAGGUACAAGGAAAAUGGCACAAAAAAAUGCUAUUGUUCGAAAACUUCCCAGUGUAGAGACUUUAGGAUGCACAACGGUGAUUUGCUCAGAUAAAACAGGAACACUGACUACAAAUCAGAUGUCUGUCUCAGAAUUCUUUACUCUAGGAGGGAAAACUACAAGCUCACGAACUUUUCGUGUUGAAGGCACUACUUAUGAUCCAAAGGACGGUGGAAUCAUUGACUGGAAGUGCUACAAUAUGGAUGCCAACUUACAAGCCUUGGCAGAAAUAUGCGCUCUCUGCAAUGAUGCGGGGAUUUUUUUUGAUGGCCGUCAGUUCAGAGCAACGGGCUUACCAACUGAGGCAGCUCUAAAGGUUUUGGUUGAAAAGAUGGGAGUACCAGAUUACAAGGCGAGGAGCAAAAUUCGUGAUGCAAUGCUUAUUUCAAACUAUCUAAUUGAUUGCAAUACAGUGAAGUUAGGCUGCUGUGAAUGGUGGAUGAAACGAUCAAAGAGGAUUGCAACUCUGGAAUUUGACCGGCUUCGCAAGUCCAUGAGUGUUAUUGUUCGGGAACCUAAUGGGAAUAAUCGACUUCUUGUCAAGGGGGCUGUUGAGGGUUUGCUGGAGCGUAGUUCAUAUGUGCAACUGGCAGAUGGGUCCACUGUACCGAUUGAUGAGUGCUGUAGAAAACUUUUACUGUUAAAACACUCAGAGAUGAGCUCAAAGGGACUGCGGUGCUUAGGAUUAGCAUACAAAGAUGAUUUGGAAGAUCUCUCAGACUACUAUUCAGACAGUCAUCCCGCACACAAGAAACUCCUUGAUCCUUUCUACUACUCCUUGCUAGAAAGUAAUUUAAUCUUUGUAGGGGUUGUUGGUCUGAGGGACCCACCUCGCGAGGAAGUUUACAGGGCGAUAGAUUCCUGUAGAGGAGCCGGGAUCAAGGUGAUGGUGAUAACUGGAGAUAAUAAGUCCACAGCAGAAGUAGUUUGUCGUGAAAUUAAUUUAUUUUCUCAAGGAGAGGAUCUUAAAGGGAAAAGUUUUACUGGGAAAGAGUUUAUGGGUCUUUCAUCCCAGCAACAGAUGGAUAUAUUGUCGAGAGUUGGGGGAAAGGUUUUCUCUCGAGCUGAACCCACACAUAAACAAGAAAUUGUGAGGGUGCUAAAGGAGAUGGGCGAAGUUGUUGCAAUGACUGGAGAUGGUGUCAAUGAUGCACCUGCACUAAAACUUGCGGAUAUUGGAAUAGCCAUGGGUAUUACUGGAACCGAGGUUGCCAAGGAAGCUUCGGAUAUGAUUCUAGCAGAUGAUAAUUUCAGUACAAUAGUUUCUGCUAUUGCACAGGGCCGCUCCAUCUAUAACAACAUGAAAGCCUUCAUCAGAUACAUGAUAUCUUCUAAUGUUGGUGAGGUUAUAUCCAUAUUUCUGACCGCUCUUCUCCAGAUACCAGAGUGUAUGAUACCUGUUCAGCUGCUGUGGGUAAAUUUGGUUACAGACGGUCCACCCGCCAUUGCUCUAGGAUUUAACCCUGCUGAUGUUGACAUAAUGAGGAAACCACCCCGGAAGAGCGAUGAUGCUCUAAUAAACUCAUGGGUUUUCAUUCGCUACAUGGUGAUCGGCACAUACGUGGGGAUUGCAACUGUUGGCAUCUUUAUACUGUGGUAUACUCAGGCUUCUUUCAUGGGCAUUAAUCUUGUGAGUGAUGGGCACACCCUUGUGGAAUUGUCACAGCUACGCAACUGGGGAGAGUGCUCAUCGUGGUCAAAUUUCAGCGCGACUCCAUUCACAGCGGGUGAUCAUCGCCUCCUCACCUUUUCAAACCCAUGCGAAUAUUUUGGUGGUGGCAAAGUGAAGGCAAUGACACUCUCACUCUCUGUGCUCGUCGCUAUCGAGAUGUUCAACUCUCUGAAUGCCCUCUCGGAAGACAACAGUCUGGUCACCAUGCCUCCCUGGACAAACCCUUGGCUUCUCGUUGCAAUGGCAAUCUCGUUGGGGCUACAUUGCCUCAUACUGUAUGUGCCAUUGCUUGCAGAUGUGUUCUGUGUCGUCCCGUUGAGUGUAAAUGAAUGGUUUCUGGUCAUCUUAGUUUCAGCACCUGUUAUUCUUAUCGAUGAAAUCCUCAAAUUUUUUGGAAGGAGAAGACGGAAGAGCACCAAACUCAAAGCUGCAUAACCUGUUGCUUCACUGCUUGUCUCUUCUUACCACUGUAUGUAUAUACUAUAUACUCAUUUUUUACUAAUCGCUUUCAGUGUUUGACAGUGGGAAACUGUAUUAUAUUGAAUCCUUGUAAAAACUUGGACUUGUCGUCUUAGUAUAACCACAUUCUGGGAUCUUCUUAGUA